AUUUGAUUUCUUUUUUUUCUUUUUUUCUUUUUUUUUUUUUUUUUUGGUAAACUGCUUAAUUUGAUUUCUUGAUUUUAAUGAAACAGUUCGACAAAUGCUUUUUUUUCCAAAUUUGUUUGGUUUGCUGGAUCUAGUCUCUACAACACCAAUGGUUGAAGUUUGUGUGUGUGAGUAUAUAUGUGUGUGCGUGUGUGUGUGUGUUUAUAUAUAUAUAUAUAUAUAUAUAUGUAUGAAUAUUUGUAUGUGUGUGUGUAUAUAUUUGUAUGUAUUUAACAGGUGCUUACCGAGAAAAUAGUUGACCAACUAAAAUAUUGUUUACAUUGGCGGGAUCCGAAAAUGAAUCUCAGUUUCUUGAUAAAAAUUAAAUCUCGAUAGUCUUCUAUCGGAAUCAUGCUGCACUGCUUUUGCUUCAAGAGUUCGAGAGUUGAUAGACUUGGAUAUGAGGACCCUAGAAUUCUUGCUUCAGAAACUGCUUUUACGGUAAAUGAAGUGGAGGCCUUGUAUGAACUGUUUAAGAAACUAUGCAGUUCCAUAAUUAAAGAUGGUCUUCUACACAAGGAAGAAUUCCAACUUGCACUCUUUCAAAGCAGCAGUAAGCAGAACCUUUUUGCAGAUCGGGUUUUUGACUUGUUUGAUGUCAAGCACAAUGGGGUCAUUGAGUUUGGAGAAUUUGUUCGGUCAUUAAGCAUUUUUCAUCCACGUUCUUCCGAAGCAGACAAAAUCUCAUUCGCAUUUAGAUUGUAUGAUCUACGACAGACUGGUUACAUUGAGCGUUAUGAGUUGAAGCAGAUGGUGUCAGCCCUUUUGAAUGAAUCAGAUCUGGACCUUUCCGAUGAUGUUAUUGAAUCAAUUGUCGAGAAGACAAUAACGGAGGCAGAUUUAAACGGAGAUGGCAGAAUUGAUCAAGAAGAAUGGAAGGAAUUUGUAGCAAAGCAUCCAUCUCUGAUAAAGAAUAUGACUCUUCCAUAUCUAAUGGACAUUACCGUGCAAUUUCCCAGCUUCGUGCUCAACAGUGAAGUUCAAGACUAGACAUAAUCAUACUUCAAAAACCCAGACACUGUCACUGUUAUUUCUUCUCGAACGCUAGACAUGUCAAGUAACCAGCCUGUGUAAAGCCAUGGUACAUAGAGGAGGAUAAGAACCAAAAGCAACUAUUAAGGCUGCAGUUCAUAGCAUAGUCCUUAUUGAGAUCAAGCACGGCAUGGUAGAUUUCCGACUAGGUUUUCGGUAAUAAAGACCCUUGGUGUUUCACAGUGUGUUGUGUAAUUUAACUGCUUAACUGUAAUCAAGGUGUAAAUUUUGGUUUAGAAUUCCCUCCUUAUUUUACUAGGAUCGGAUGGAUCCCUGUUUCCAACUCUGGUUGAAAGUUAAAUGUUUGUUAAUUUCUUUGCUAAGAAGAACUGAAUGUAUAGAUUAACUGGCACUGAGGAGGGAUACACAACAUUGAACUUUUUUGUUGAAGCACUCUUUUUUCUGGUCAGGUGGAAACAUUGUUGAGAAUAGCCAAAUUUGGUACAAAGUCUGCCUUGGCAACA